CUCCAUCAGUUUCUGGCUGCCUGCACAGUCUCUUCUUCCAGAGUCUAUCUCAGCCAUGGCUGUAGCUAAGCUUAUUGCUGUGCUGGUUCUGCUCCAGAGCUCUGCAGAUUCAAUGGGAGCUGCAGUGAGGAGCUCCAUCGUUGGUGGGGAUGAUGCCCCUAAGGGCUCGUGGCCAUCUUUGGUGUACCUUGACAUCAAGACUGACAGCGGGAAGAGGAAGUGGCACUGCAGUGGCACAAUCCUCAAUGAAAACUGGGUGAUGACUGCUGGGCGCUGCUGGGAUGAUGAAUUGUGGUCUAGAUGGGAUCGAACAGGAGUGUGGGUCGGCGUGCAUGAACUGGAUAAACCAGCUGAACGCUACAGCAAGGUAAUAACCGUUGAUCGUUUGAAUGACUUCGCGGCAGUGGGCAAAAGCUUCGUCAAUGACAUCGCACUGAUAAAGUUGAAGAAACCGUUAGACUUCUCUACGAUGAAACAUACUUCCCCAGUGAAGCUGCCAGAGGAGGAUGAAACCUUCGAUUCAUCCUCUGAGUGUUGGAUCGCUGGCUGGGGGGAAAAAGGUUCAGACAAGAAUCCAAAUUCUCUUCAGCAGCUGAAGGUUUCCAUCUUGCCUCAGGAAAAAUGCAGCCGCAUAUUUCCAGAUAUAACGACAGAAAAGUACAGCGAUAAGAUGGUCUGUGCAGGUGUCCCUAAUGCACAAAACAAGAACGCCUGCGAUGGGGACUAUGGUGACCCGCUCAUGUGUAAAACAAGCAGAGGCUUUGUGCAGGUUGGAAUCAUGAGCUCUGGGAAUCCAGAUGGUUGUAAUAGCGCCUCUUUAACCAUCUACACUAAGGUCUCCGGUUAUAUGGGCUACAUCAACGCUCGCCUUAAUCCUGUCACUAAAGAAUUAGCUUAGGCCUCUUUCUCCAAGAAGCCAAAGAAAAAUAACCUGCAGCCUUUUCCAAUGAGCAGAGUUCCUGCCUCACUCUAAAAACUCUACCCUAAGCUCAUCUCCGCCCUCUUGUUAGCCCCUACUGCUCCUUCACUCUGUUAUAUUUCAAUCACAAUGCAUUAAAGCUUUGAAGCAUCA